GCAGACGCCAUUUUGGCCCCAGAGGUGUUUCUGGGAAGUAGAUCGCCGAACCGCACGCCUGCUGGCCUGCCGGGUGCGGCCUCUUGUGUCGCGGCUUUUAGUGUUUGCGACUGCUGCUGCUGCGGUUUUAUUCUCCUCAUCCUCGAAACCCUCUAGUCGAGCGGGAGCCUCUGAGCACUGGGCCGCGCCAUUGGGGUUCACACCGCCAGGAAGGAGGUGACGGGGGCGGCGCGGGGCGCGGACACUCCCCGCCGAGAGCCCGCCUGCCAUGGAUUCGGAAUAUUACAGCGGCGACCAGUCAGCAGAUGAUGGUGGCGCUACCCCAGUACAGGAUGAACGGGAUUCAGGGUCAGACGUUGAGGAUGAUGUAAAUGAGCAACACUCUGGAUCAGACACUGGAAGUGUAGAACGUCAUUCAGAGAAUGAACCUAGUGAUCGAGAGGAUGGCCUCAACAAAAGACAUCAUGUGACGGAUUCUGAGAAUGAUGACCCCUCAAACCUUAAUGCCAGUGACUCUGAAAGUGAGGAGCUUCAAAGGCAAAAGGACAGUGACUCUGAAUCUGAGGAGCAUGCAGAGCCUGUUGCAAGUGAUUCUGAAAAUGAGGACACUCAUCAGCGUGCGAGUGACUCUGAGAGUGAGGAGACCAGGAAGCUACCUGUCAGUGAUUCGGAAAAUGAGGACCUUCUUAAUGGGCACGCAACCGAUUCAGAAAAUGAAGAUGUUAGAAAGCAUCCUGCCAGUGAUUCAGAGAUGGAAGAGCUCCCCAAAAGUCCUGCUAGUGACUCUGAAACAGAGGAUGUUCUAAAACCUCAAAUCAGUGACUCCGAGAGUGAGGAGCCCCCACAGCACCAGGCCAGUGAUUCCGAAAACGAGGAGCUUCCCAAGCCUAGAAUUAGUGAUUCGGAAAGUGAGGAGCUUCCUAAGCCUCGGGUCAGUGACUCGGAGAGUGAGGAGCCUCAGAGGACUCAGGCCAGCGACUCGGAAAAUGAGGAGCUUCCCAAACCCCAUGUCAGUGACUCAGAAAGUGAGGACCCACCACGGCACCAAGCCAGCGACUCAGAAAAUGAGGAGCUUCCCAAACCCCGUGUCAGUGACUCGGAAAGUGAGGGACCCCCACGGCACCAAGCCAGCGACUCAGAAAAUGAGGAGCUUCCCAAACCCCGUGUCAGUGAUUCGGAAAGUGAGGACCCCCCAAGGAACCAGGCCAGUGAUUCAGAAAACGAGGAGCUUCCCAAGCCCCGAGUCAGUGACUCUGAGAGCGAGGAGCCUCAGAAGGGACCCGCCAGUGAUUCCGAAACUGAGGAUGCCUCCAGGCACAAAGAGAAGCCAGAGUCGGACGAGGACAGUGAUGGGGAGAACAAGGGAGAGGAUGCAGAAAUGCAGAAGGACUCCUUUCGUUCAGAUAGCCAUAUAGACAGAAAAAGGAUCCAGAGUUCAGACAGUGAGGAGGAGGAACCCAAAAGGCCAAAAAUUGACAGUGACGAAGAUGAAGAAAAAGUCGGGGAAGAGGAGAAAGUAGCAAAGCGAAAAGCUGCUGUGCUUUCUGACAGUGAAGAUGAAGAGAAAGCAUCAACAAAGAAGAGUCGGGUUGUCUCUGAUGCAGAUGACUCUGACAGUGAUGUUGUAUCAGAUAAACCAGGCAAGAGAGAGAAGACUCUAGCUUCUGACAGUGAAGAAGAAGCAGGAAAAGAAGAAUUGUCUGAUAAGAAGAACGAAGAGAAGGAUCUGUUUGGGAGUGAUAGUGAGUCGGGGAAUGAAGAAGAAAAUCUUAUUGCAGACAUAUUUGGAGAAUCUGGUGAUGAAGAGGAAGAAGAAUUUACAGGUUUUAACCAAGAAGAUUUGGAAGAGGAAAAAAGUGAAACCCAGGUAAAAGAAGCAGAAGAUUCAGAUUCUGAUGAUAACAUAAAGAGAGGAAAACAUAUGGACUUUCUGUCGGAUUUCGAGAUGAUGUUGCAGCGGAAGAAGAGCAUGAGCGGCAAGCGCAGACGGAAUCGUGAUGGCGGUACUUUCAUCAGUGACGCCGAUGAUGUAGUGAGUGCCAUGAUCGUCAAGAUGAAUGAAGCUGCCGAGGAAGACAGACAGUUGAACAAUCAAAAAAAGCCAGCACUGAAAAAAUUAACAUUAUUGCCGACUGUGGUCAUGCACCUUAAGAAGCAAGACCUUAAAGAAACAUUUAUUGACAGCGGUGUGAUGUCUGCCAUCAAAGAAUGGCUCUCCCCUCUACCGGAUAGGAGUUUGCCAGCACUAAAGAUUCGAGAGGAGCUGUUGAAGAUUCUACAAGAGCUACCUAGUGUGAGCCAGGAGACCCUGAAGCAUAGUGGGAUUGGACGAGCAGUGAUGUAUCUCUAUAAACACCCCAAGGAAUCAAGGUCCAACAAGGAUAUGGCAGGGAAAUUAAUCAAUGAAUGGUCUCGGCCUAUAUUUGGUCUUACCUCAAACUACAAAGGUAUGACAAGAGAAGAAAGAGAGCAGAGAGAUCUAGAACAAAUGCCUCAACGACGGAGAAUGAACAGCACUGGUGGCCAGACACCCCGAAGAGACCUGGAAAAGGUGCUGACAGGAGAAGAAAAAGCUCUCAGACCUGGAGAUCCUGGAUUCUGUGCCCGUGCGAGGGUCCCCAUGCCCUCAAACAAGGACUACGUUGUCAGACCUAAGUGGAAUGUGGAAAUGGAGUCAUCCAGGCCUGGUAUUCUUAAAAAGGGCCUAAGCCGAUUGGAAAAGCAUAAGAGGCGAUUUGCAGAACAGAAACGACUCAGCAAAGUGCACCGUGCUGUCAAGUUCAGCAUUGAAGGCAACAGGAUGCCCCUGUAGUCCUGGCCCUACCAGAGUGUAUCCGGGAGGUAUCCCCAAGGAAGCAUGCUCUGUGCAUGGGCUUGAAUUGUCAGCAGCUAGAGUGAAAACAAGUGUGCGUGUGCUUUCUUAACCAGAAAAGGCCUGGCCCACUUUUAGUUACUGAAGUAAUGAACUUAACAAACACUUUGUGACUUUCAAGUCCUGAAUGUUUAGAAAUGGAUAUGGAAGUCCCUUCCUUUAUUGGUACCCCAGGAAUUCAUAUAUAAUUAAGUCCCUGAUGAGCAUUUGGUCUUCCUCUUACCCAUUUUUAUUAAAAAUGCUUUUUUAGGGUCCAGGAUCAUAGCGGUCUGCAUUACAGGCAUGUGAAUGUGAAUGUAGCUUCUUAGUGGAAGGGAGGUGGCUUUUUCCCACAUUGUCUGUGUGCAUUUGAGGGCCCAGUGCAUAAAGCCUUGCACUGAACACUUAGGAGAUAAAUUUGAUUGAUGGUCAGAAAUGAAAGAGUUGGGACCGUUCCUGCAGCCAGACUCACUCCCUGCUGUGCUCUGAGGUUAACAGCAGUGCCUUGUGGCAGGGUGCUCUGAAGAGUCUGAGUGUGUUGCCUUCUUGUGACUUCUCUGGGACCCCUGCUUGGGCAGCUCUUUUCACGGACUACACUCACCUCUGUGCACGUUCGUUUUUGCUGUUCAGCUGCAGUCAAAACAAAGCACACCCUUUCUUUCUUACUGAGAAUAGCUGGAAGAUAGAAGAGCACUACUGCUUCAGAGCCAAGAACUUUUUCGUAACUUCCCUCCCCUUUUUUGUACUUUUACCCAUAAAAACGUCCCCUGACCUCCCUUCUCUCCCUCAGCCACCCCUCUUUCUUUUACCUGGUUUUCACUGUCUUUCCCUCUUUCUAUCCCUCUCCCUGGUAGUUUUUCCUCCCCAAUAUACUUACUUUUGAGAAUUGAGAACCACAAUCUGGCAAAGAAGUUAUAAUACAGAGUCUCAGUGGCCACUCUUCUUUGGAAGCCUGUCAGUGUUUUGAAGGGCAUGUGCCCUCCUCUCCCAGUAUGUGACGGAGAGGCGGGAAGAGAGAAGUGACCAGCAGGAGGAGAGGGAAACUUAAGCUGAAUUCCUUUCCUUCAUCCCACACCCCCCAGGUCAUAAUGUGCCAGUAUUUACCUAGGCCUGAGUCUGGCUGAUAGAGUUCUGUCAGAAAACAAAUACGGCAUGAUCCCGAAAGCUGGUGGUUUCAUGUUACAUUUUAGGAUGUUGUCCUUAAACCACCUGAUACCUUUUCCCCAGUUCAGGAUGAAUCCUUACAGAUUCACUCAGGGCUUUCACGAACCACAGAGACACGAAGAGUACUAUUAGAAAACGUAUUUUCCAAGAAGAAAAUUGGAGUGAGUAAAUGGCUUUCAAAUGAAAUGCUCGUUGUUUUAAAUGUCAUUUUUAUCUUUGAAAUUACAUAAGUGAAUAUAAAAGACUAUAGAAUAACCCAUCCCCAAAACCCUGCUCUUCCUCAGAGUCCCCACUAUUAACAGUUUGAUGUGUUAAAUGUAUUUCCAAUAAUGUUUCAAAGUUGGUUUUUUUCUGGUUGUAAUUAUAGAAAAAUUUGAGAUUAGAAAGGGAAAUUGCCCACAAUUCAAAAGCAGUUUGAUACCAUUUUUGCCCUUUUUUUCUAUUGAUACUUUCAUAUAAUUACAAUUAUUCUGUAUAUAAUUUUGGUCACUUCUCCUCGUUAAACCACCUUAUAGUUUUAUCACUUAUAAUGGAUGCCUAAUAGUCUAUCAUGUGAAUAUAUAAUUUGUUUAUUUAUUCCUCUGUGGUUUCUGAUUUUUCACUCCUAAAUAAUGCAGUAACCUAUACUACAUUGUAUGUUUAUAUGUUAAUUUAUUCCAUGGAGUGCUUUUAAGAUAACACUAAAAUGACAAAAAGCAAUGUAUGUUUUUUUAUAACCUUUUAAAUGCAGAAAGCACAAAUAAAAUUACUGUCAGUUGUAAUUCCACCACACCUUAAUAUUAACAUUUUGGGUUAUUUCCUUUUUGUUCUCUUUAUAUUGUACAUAAACAUUGCUGGUUUUGUGCUUUGGUAUUUUUGUUUUCAAAUUUUAUGCAAAAUUGUUAUUUUAUACUUUGUUGGAUUUGUGUUUUACUUAACACGGUAAACAUUCAUUUGAGUAAACAUUCUUCAGUGACUUAAUAUUGUGUCCAAAUACAGUCGUACCAUAAUUUUUUAAAGCAAACCUAUCUUGCUGAUCUUUUAAGCUGCUUUUGGUUUUUCUCUGAUAAAACAGUGCAGCAUACACUUUUACUGUCCUAAGGAAGUGGUACAGAGUUGAAUCAGGAGAGAGAUCACUGAAUUUGGCAUGUUAGGUACUAUAUCCUGUGUGUUUCCAGGCUUGGGGAAACUAGGCAUCUGCCAGCCACAAGUCUUAAAAGUUACAGGACUAGGUAGGAGUGGAUUCGUGUCACCUGGGUAUGUCCCAUUUGAGGAGGCUAGAGGGCUCAGAUUGUCAGGGUCCUGGGAGACAGUAUUGGCUGGUGUGUACAGCUGCUGGGAGUUGAGUAAUUGGUGCAGAUCUGAGCAGGUAAGGCUUCUGAUGUGGACUAACUACUAAGAAUCAGGGCACAUUGUCUGAAAGGAGGUCACAUAUCUGGGACCGUCUAGGAAAUCUGGGGAUUCGAUAGCGUGAGAGAAGCGUAGUUGUUUCUCAUCUGGUAAUGAAUAUUUAUGCUAACUCAGAGUCCUAGUGCCAAGUGUUAAAUUGAUACAAAAUAAUAUUUGGAUGUGGGAUUGUUUCAGAAAAUCUAGGGUGGAUGAUCUACAUGGCUCCUGUUCAAGACUGACAGGAGCUCCUGUGUGAGGUACACGCUGAGUCUAGAGGUGGAGUGAGACUUGGGGGGCUCCCCAGCUCAAAGGAACACCCCCACACUGGCCCCACCCCCAGAGUGUCUUCUGGGCCCUCCCUUCUUUUAGCAGUCUCAGAAUUGAGCUGCACAGAUGAUUCAGUAGUAAACAUCUGGGGAGAAGAAUUAGAAAAACUCCUCUCUUUAUAAACCACUCAACAUUCUUAAAGAUCAGAAUUGUCAGUAACACUAGUCAACAAGAAGAAUUGGCUCUGAUCUUUGAUAGAAGUGGCAGACCUUCUCAGCAUUUCUAACAGUAUCGAUUUCUGGAGACUGCAUCUCUUCAAGACGCGUAGUUGUUUCAAAUUAUGAAAAAAAUAACCAAAACCAAAUCUUAAAACUAAGAGGCUAGCAGGAACAGAUGCAAGAAGUGGUAAGCCCCUUGGAUCCAAGGCUUAAUUUAUUUUUCUUCUUGUAUCCAGUAUACUUAUCAUAAAUCUGAUCCAUCCCAAAGUAGUGGUAAUGAUGGUAACAGCUGAUACUUAUUUUGAGCACUGACUGUGUGCUAGUAUUUGACGGUAUUACCUCAUUUACCUCUCCUGGCGGUCCCGAAAGUACAGACCAGGGGCCAGAUUUGCCCAGGGCUACAGAACCUGCUGAGGCCAAGCAGAGAUUCACUUCAAGUCUGAAACAAGAGCUCCACAGCCUGACGGGUUCGCUUUACUCAUCCUCUAACCUCGUUCAUCAGGCUUCAUGCUUUU